AUGGAAAUCUCAUUACUACCAAAACUACCAAAUGUAGUUGGCUUAGCUAUCCUACUAUGGCUGACCUAUCACAUAUUCAUAUACCCAUUCUUCAUCAGUCCCCUCCGACACAUCCCCCGAGCCCACUGGACCGUUCCCAUCCCCUACAUCGGCUCCCUCUGGAUCCUCCACCAAAGGUUCCGCUCCCGAAACAACGCAACCACGGCCCAAGCACACCACCACGGUCCCGUCGUCCGUCUCGCCGACAACGAAAUCAGCGUCAACUGCUACGAAGGUGGAAUCAAAACCAUCUACGCCGGAGGCUGGGAGAAGCACGAAUGGUAUCCCCGACAGUUCGCCAACUUCGGCGUGAUGAACAUGUUCUCGACUGUCGGGCAUACGCCUCACGCUCAGAAGAAACGGAUAAUGGCUAAUAUAUACUCGAAAUCACAUCUGCAGAACUCGGCUCAGGUCCAGGCGAAUAGUCACGAGUUGUUGUUUGGGCGGUUUUUGCCAUUGUUGCAGUCCUUUGCGGAGUCGGGUGAAUCGGUUGAGAUUCAUGAGGUUAAUAAUGCGUUUACGAUGGAUUUCAUGACAGCUUAUCAGUUUGGGAUUGCGCGGUCGUCAAAUUUUACACAGAAUGUUGAGGUGAGGAGGAAGUAUUUGCAUCUGUACCAUUCGAGGCGUGAUUGGCAGUUCAUUUCCUCUGAGCUACCGCCGUUGGUUCGGAAGAUGUUGCAACGGAUCGGUGUCUCCUUGUAUCCUCCUGCUGUUCAUCAGGCAAAUGCCUGGCUGGAAGAGUGGUCGAAGAACAUGUGUGAUGCGGCGGAUGAGUACCUGAAACUGCUGCAGACUGGUGCCACUACAGCCUCUGCGGGUCAUGAACCUUUGGUGUUCAAGCAGUAUAAGACUGGUCUUGUGGCACUUCGAAAGAAAGACCCCAUGGCUGGGCUGGAGGUACAUCCUCAUCUGGACGAAGGCAUGAACUUUACAAGAGGCCUCAAGAACGCAGAGGUAGUUGUGCCGAAUGAAAACCAGACACUACUGGAAGUGUAUUCAGAUAUGGUCGAUCAGCUGGCGGCGGGACAUGAGACUUCAGGCAUAGCACUGACUUACCUGUACUACGAGCUCUCCAAACAUCCCGACAUGCAAGACCGCCUCUUCGCAGAAGUCAGCAACCUCGAACCACGAAUCCAAUGGCCUCCGGCCUCAUCUGUAGAGGACAUGUCCCUACCCACAGCCAAAGACAUCGACAACCUCACCUACCUUAACGCCCUCAUCAUGGAAGUCCUCCGCCUCCACGCUCCAAUCCCAGGCAUGCAACCGCGAAUCACACCAUCAACUCCAGGCGGCGUCAGUCUCGGUCCUCCAAACACACAGCACCACUACACCGGCCUUCCAAGCAAGAUUCGCGUCAGCGCAAUGCCCUACACCCUUCACAAAAUCCCCUCAGUCUUCACAGAUCCCGAGCGCUUCAACCCCGACCGAUGGCUACCAGAGCACACAUCAGAAGCUCAGAUGACAGAGAUGAACCGACACUUCUGGGCUUUUGGUAGUGGUGGAAGGAAAUGUAUUGGGAUGAACUUAGCUCUGCAGGAAAUCAAGCUUAUCGUGGCAGCGGUAUGGGGGAAUUGGAAGACGGAAAUCGUGGAUGAUGAGGGUAUUGAAGAGGUGGAUGCUUAUACAACGAGGCCGAGCAGUGGGAGACUUGUGGUUCGGGUUGAGAAGAGAUAG